CUGCCUUGCCUUGCUUUGCCCCGCCCCAACUGCCGCUAGAUUUCAGGAGCCCGCUUCGGCCGCGUCGCUUCGCUGCUCCGCCCCCACAACGCACGCGCCCACCUUCCUUCCUUCCCAGCCGUCCGAUCGCCCACACGUGGCCGCGCCGCCCGCCCUACACCACACGCGACCCCGCCGACGCCGCUACCUUUUCUCCUCCGGCGGAGGCGGCCGGAGCGGCCUAGGGUUCCGGCGAGUCCCUGCUCCGGGCCCAAUCAUCGGUCGAGCUGGAGGACACGCGUAGCCCCGGCUUCUUCUGCGGCGACCUCUGGUGCGGCCUCAUGGAGCCCAAGCCCAACACCGCGCUCGCCCACAAGCCUAUAGAAGAGGCAGUAGAGAACUUGAAGAUUGAUGCUAGCACGAAGGCAAGCAACGGCAACUUGCCUGCUGCAAAAGACGCAGGUUCUUCGGAUGCAAUAUCAUGCAUUUCCUCGGCAGAUGCAGCUAGUACUGCCGCCAAGGAUACUGAGAUGAACCAAGGAGCUUAUAUGGGGGACCAAGGGAUGUAUUACUACGGGUACUAUUACCCAGGCUCAUUUGGAGGAUGGGAUGAGAGUAGCUACUAUGCUGGAUCGAAUGGACUGGAGAUGCAACCGACAGUCGUUCAAGCUGAGAAUGGGUCUUAUUUGUGUUAUGUUCCGGGUUACGAAAAUGGAUAUACUGCUUAUAGUCCAGUCGUUCCUGGAACUGGCGUGGAUAGUCAGUAUGUCAGCAAAGAGCCAUAUUACUCCGCUGUGAUUCCCGUGCAGGACCCUUCUACACCUGGCAUGUAUGCUCAACCAAUUGCUUACGGACCUGAGCUAGUCCCCGCAUACACAUGGGACCCUUAUGUUCUUCUGGAUGGGGUUCAGGGACAUCCUGUUGGCGUGCAGCAAACGAACUACCCUACAAGAUCAAACUACCCUUCCAAUAAGCAUGCUGUUCCAUCUUCAAAAGCUUCACGCAGCACAAAGUAUGCAUCGGGUACCACCAAAGGAUCAUCAUCAGCUGUAGACACAGUGCCAACCUCUGCCAAUAACCAUCCAUCAUCAAAGUUUGCAAAUAAGGCAUCCGGUGCUUCCAUAACAAAAGGGCAUCUUCCGUCCAGCAAGUUUGUGGUGCAUACUAACCAAGGGAAAGGAAGCCUUUAUCAAAGUAAAGGCAUUAAUUUGAAUGAAAGUGGUAGAAACUGCAACGGGAAUGAGAAGCUGAAGGCCAGAAGCAAGCUAAAUGAAUUUGGUAACCGUGACAUAUCAGAUAAACACAAUGAUGAGUCAAAAAACAGUUUGAGCCCAGGAGCAGAUCGUUUUGGAUUGUCAGGUGUACAGGAGGUUAACGAUGACAUACCUUCACUUGUUGCAGUAAGAAGAGAUUCAUAUAAUCUUCCUGAUUUUGUUACGAAGUAUGAGCAAGCUUUAUUCUUCGUGAUUAAAUCUUAUAGUGAAGAUGAUAUUCACAAGAGUAUCAAGUACAAUGUUUGGGCAAGUACUCCUAAUGGAAAUAAAAGGCUUGACAAUGCCUAUAAAAUUGCACAAGAAAGAAUGGCAGGAAAAGGAACCAAAUGCCCUGUUUUCCUCUUCUUUUCUGUUAAUGCUAGUGGUCAGUUCUGUGGUGUGGCUGAGAUGCUUGGCCCAGUAGAUUUCAACAAGAGUAUGAACUUCUGGCAACAGGACAAGUGGAAUGGAUUCUUCCCAGUAAAAUGGCACAUUAUCAAGGAUGUGCCUAAUCCUCAAUUUCGACACAUAAUAUUGGAGAAUAAUGAGAACAAGCCUGUUACAAACAGCAGGGACACUCAAGAGGUCAAGUUUCUACAAGGUGCAGAGAUGCUGAACAUUUUCAAGAACUUCUCAUGUAAAACGUCAAUAUUGGAUGACUUUGACUUCUAUGAGAAUAGGCAGAAAGUAAUGCAGGACAGAAGAGGCAAGCCGCUUACGACAUCAUUGGAUCACCUCACGCCAAAGGAUGAGAAACCGGCAGAGUCUGAAAAGCAAGCUCAAUCUGCAAGUAGCGUAGAGCAUCAUAAUGCCAAGAGAAAUGAGGAGCAGAGCAACGAUGUUACAACAGAUCUUGAUACAGCCAAGAGAGGUCAGGAUCAGAGCAACGUGGUUGCAGCAGAUGUUGAUGCAGCCAAGACAAGUGAGCAGAGCAAAGGGGUUGCAACAGAUUUUGAUACAGCCAAGACAAGUGAGCAGAGCAAAGAGGUUGCAACAGAUCUUGAUGCAGCCAAGAGAAGCGAGGAGACCAACGGGGUGACAGCAGAUGUUGAUACAUCCAAGAGAAGCAAGGAACAGAGCAACAUGGUCGCCGCGAAGCUUGAUACAGCCAAGAAAAGCGAGGAGCAGACCAGCAGUGUUGCUGCGGCAGGCUGAUUACAGGAUGGGCGCAUCUGAACGGAAGCUACAUCCAAAUCGGGCGACAAUAAACUUGCUACGUGGAGCACUGAUAGAUGGUCAAUCAUCCUGGAAGCUCCUGUCCAUCGAUCAAGCGGAAAAUGAGAGCCUUGGAGCCAUCUUCCCGUGAGAAAUAUUUUCAAUGACCGGGAAAAAAGGUUUCCGAGGCAUAUCAUGGUUGGUAGAGAAUUCUCCAUACUACACUCCUUGUCUAUUUUUCAGCCAGGAGGAGGGAGUGUUUCAACCAUUUUUCUUCUUGUUAUUGUUUCUUCUGUCGUCGUCGUCGUCGUCGUCUAAUGUCCAGUUCUAUUGCUAAUGUGUUGGGAAGCAGACCACUUGCCGUGUGGUUUUAAGGGCCUGUUUUAGGUGCUAGCAAAGGUAGAAAAAGGAAGGGAAAAAAAGAGCUGGAAAAGUUCCACCUGCGUUUUUAUUCCACUAGGGUAGAUUGACCUCAGUUUGUACUAUCAGAAUUACUACUUCCAUUGACGAGAAAAGGAGAAAAAAAAGGGACCGGAGAUCUGUUCAUCAACAGAUCUCCGUUCGUUACCGUGCA